GCUUGUUCUCCUCUGCAGAAUUUUUACACGCCAUGACAUCCACAGUGAGCUGCUCAAAUCUCGGCCCUCCGUCCAUCAUCCCAUCUCGAAGUUAUGGAGUCGUCAAACAUGUUCACGGCACUUUUGCCCCCAGGUACGCCAUUUGAGAUACGAGCCUCGCCGGGCAGAAGACUGGGCGUGUUCGCUACGAAAGAUAUACCUGCAAAGUCAUGUAUCUUCCGCGAAGAGGCCUUGUUUGUGAUCAAAAGGCCUUUUAACAUGAUUGGACCAGAAGAUGUCGACGCCGCAUAUCGACAGCUUGACUCUCGUAAACAGGCCCUAUUCAAAUCCCUGGUUGAAUACGAACGCCAUCAAGAGGGGCAGAAACAUUUCUUCCCGCAGGUGGAAGCUUUCAAACGCAACCAGUUCGACGUGUCCGGGCAGAUGCAUGAUUACGACCAACCUAUUCCACAUGCUCAAGGGCUCUUCCUGAUUUCAUCUCGUCUGAAUCACUCUUGUAUACCGAAUGCUGUAUUUCCUCGCAUCCAGCCCAAGACAGGACACGGCUAUAGGCCGGCAGUGUUGCUAGCUCUCCGGCCCAUAGCCAUAGGAGAAGAGAUCCUUUUCGACUACGAUCCUGCACACGCGUACCUGACUGCCAAGCAACGUCGAGCAGUACCGUACUGGAAAUUCACCUGUACAUGCGCUGCAUGCGAUGACAAUUAUCCGCAAAGAGUUGAGAGCGACAUGAGACGUGCCUUGUUACGCGGUCUGCACUAUCUCAUCCACCGAAGAGAUGUCCCAGAAUGUUCGCGCCUGAAGCCACCAGUCCUUCAGAAUGCCACCAGCGGACGCCCGGAUCCGAAUACAAUUGCCAUGUGGCAGGCCAUAUCUGGAUACAUUGCUGAAGCAGAGGGACUAGCUAUGCUGGCAAUCUAUUUCUUCUACGAAGCUCUAAAGAUAAUGAUCAGCGUUUCCGGGAGCACAGCUGCUAGUAACCGAGGUCUCAAGCUCGCGGUUGUAUGGGGUGAAAAGUUUCUGGCGAUAUCUGAAACGCUUCACCCUGACGCAGUCGAAGGAGUCGGAGCGGUUGAGCAGCUCAUGGCUGUGUUCAAAUCGAUGAUCGAUGGGAAGACCUAGAAAAACUCUGAGAGAUUACUAGUUGACAGCCGGAUACAAAUGUUCUACGCAACCGAGAAGUAGGAUAGCGCACAAACUAUAGCAUAUGAAGUAGCAGAGUUAGUGUAUGUAUGUAGAUGCCAGCUUAUUGAUCUGUUCAUACGCAC